UGGCGGUCUCCGCUCUCCUCACCGCGCAGCUUUACCAAUCCUCCUCCUCAAACUCAAAGCGUCCGGACCAAAAGUACUACAUUCCCGAGGACAACUUUCUAUACUGCUCAUGAACCUUACAUUCCUACAGACCAGAAGAAACAUUUGGAGAACACCUGGACUCUCCUACUUCCUGGUUAUAUAACUUUUUGUUGCACUUGAACGAAUCCUUUACAUUCCAAAGACUUUUGCCCCGAACGGACAUCGAUUUUUUUUUCUUUUAGAAUCAACGAUCAAAGUCACUUUUCUUAUUAUAAUAUUAUUCUGACCAAAUAAGCAAGAGGCAGCAGCCUACGUUUUUCUUUAGCACAAUCCAAAAGUAGUCUUAACCGUGGGUGUUUUUUUUUCUACGCAUAGUCUUAAAUUAAAUAACAAAACAGUCGACAAUGGCAGGUAUGAACUCUCUGGAUGCUGUGAAGAGGAAGAUUCAGUGUUUGCAGCAGCAGGCCGACGAGGCAGAGGACCGGGCUCAGGUCCUACAGAGAGAGCUGGACAGUGAACGGGAGCUCCGAGAGAAAGCGGAGGGUGAUGUAGCAGCUCUGAACCGUAGGAUCCAGCUGGUGGAGGAGGAGUUGGACCGAGCCCAGGAGAGGCUGGCCACAGCACUGCAAAAACUGGAAGAGGCUGAGAAGGCUGCAGAUGAGAGCGAGAGAGGGAUGAAGGUGAUCGAGAACCGAGCGAUGAAGGACGAGGAGAAGAUGGAGAUUCAGGAGAUGCAGCUGAAGGAGGCCAAACACAUCGCAGAGGAAGCAGACCGUAAAUAUGAGGAGGUGGCUCGUAAGCUGGUGAUCCUGGAGGGAGAGCUGGAGAGAGCUGAGGAGAGGGCCGAGCUCUCAGAAUGUAAAGCCAGUGACCUUGAGGAGGAGCUGAAAAAUGUGACCAACAACCUGAAGUCCUUAGAAGCCCAGUCUGAGAAGUACUCAGAAAAAGAAGACAAGUAUGAGGAGGAGAUCAAAGUUCUGACUGACAAACUGAAGGAGGCUGAAACCCGCGCAGAGUUUGCAGAGAGGACAGUGGCCAAACUGGAAAAGUCCAUUGACGACCUGGAAGACAAAUUAUCACAUGCCAAAGAGGAGAAUCUGGGCAUGCACCAAGUCCUGGACCAGACCCUGCAGGAACUGAACAGCUUAUAAACACACAGAGGAAACUGGAGAGGAUGAGAUCGUCACGUAACAUUCCAUUAAAUGUUCGACUCCAUUCCACAUUUCGAGCUGUAAAAUCUUUAUUCCCUCACUUAAAAGGGGGAAUUAACUUAAUGCUUGUCCCUUGAUGUUUUUUUUUUCCGAAGGCACAACUUUGUCUCUCUUUUUUUUUUAAGAUGGGAAGUUAUUUUGAAACCAUUGCUUAUUUUAUUUUUAUUUUUUUUUAUCUCCAGCUGUGAUUACAGAAAUUUUCUCGAGAAAUAUUUUUUGACCACUCAUUUAUAAAGAACUGGUAAUAAAUACACCCAAAGAACCUCAGAUUUGGUCGCUCAACCACUUGAACUGGCUCAAUUUUACAAUUUAUGUGCACAUACAUUCAACCUCUGAUUAUAUUAAUACAUAGGCUACAAGUGGCAUUUGGUUUGUCUCAGUCUACAUUUGUGUGGCUCUGAAGUGCCACCCAGUGGUGAUAUGAAGUUCAGUCAACAGUUACUUUUCUGAUCAUGCUGUAACACCUUAAGAGGCUUCGGGUUAAAGGACAUUCGACACAUCUGUCUCAGCAGUGUCCCCCUAAAUCUGUGUGUUUAAGCAGCAAGAUGAUCAAAUGGACAGGUGACCUUAUGGAAAGGUUUCAUCCACAAAUAAAUAAGUCAAGGCACAUGCUGCUCGGUCACACUAGGCUUCUUUACAUUUAAUUAAAAAGUAAGGCCUCCUCUGCCUGGUUAUCCUGAUGCCUACAUACUGAAGAUGCACAAAAUAUUUACAGUGCAUCAUUUUUCUUCUACUCUCUUCUUGGUGUGGGAAUCUGUGCAGAAACUGACAGCUGUGCAUGAACAGUAUCUAAAGACCAUGACGUAUCUAAUCUGUAGUACCUUUCCUUAAGCAUAACCUGAUCAUCGACACCUUCUGCAUUAUUGCCAACAAUAUGCCAUAAUGUAGCCAAUAUUUACAAUAUAUUGUAUUACAUGUGUGAGCUAAGCCCCAAACCACUGGAAGCUCAGUCAAGUUUUGUCAACCAUGGAUACUUAUUGUAUAUAGUAGAAUAAUGUUAGGUAUGUGAGAAAUUGUAUUGUUUAAUUUUUUUUCUGGGUUUUAUUUCAUUUACACCACUUCUUUUUGCUAGGGGAACUCUCAAGACCAAAGAACACACAUGAGACAGACAAUAAAUUCUUCAGAUGUUUUAUUUUUGUUUGUGAUGGUCAUCUUGGUGUCAUCCCGUGCCAGGACCAUGAUUAGCGCCUCAAAUUUGAUCGAGGCUGUUUUGAAAUAUUUCAUUCACCGCCCCCCUCUAUGUCAAUCUAAUAAAUGUUUUACAGAAAUCAUGA